CCACGUCCUCUUUCACGUGCCCGGUUUCUAGAUGGCCGGAACGAGCCACUUCCGCCCUGGAGCCGCCGUCCCCAAUCCGCUGAAAGCUUUCUUCAGGAGCGCCCUCCUCUUCCGGUUUCCUGCGCCGGCUCGGCGUCUUUCCACCAUCCUUGGAGAGACCGAGGAAGAAGACGACGAAAUUCUGCCCCGUAAAGACUAUGAGAGCUUGGAUUAUGAUCGUUGCCUCAAUGAACCCUACCUGGAAGUCCUAGAGAGCCUCGAUAACAAGAAGGGCCAGCGCUAUGAAGCGGUGAAGUGGAUGAUGGUUUUCGCCAUUGGAGUUUGCACGGGGAUGGUGGGCCUUUUUGUAGAUUUCUUCGUCCGCCUCUUCUCCAGAUUUAAAUUCCAUGUUGUUCAGAACUCGGUGGAGGACUGCAAUGAGAAAGGCUGCCUGGCGAUCUCCCUGCUAGAGCUGCUGGGCUUCAACCUGACCUUCAUCUUUCUGGCCAGUCUCUUUGUCUUAAUCCAGCCAGUGGCUGCCGGCUCUGGAAUUCCAGAGAUCAAAUGUUACUUGAAUGGAGUCAAGGUCCCCGGGAUUGUGCGCCUUCGGACUCUCGUGUGCAAAGCCUUGGGGGUCCUUUUCAGCGUGGCUGGAGGUCUUUUUGUAGGAAAGGAAGGCCCCAUGAUCCACAGCGGUGCUGUCGUAGGGGCUGGCCUACCUCAGUUCCAGAGUAUUUCUUUAAAGAAGAUCCAGUUUAAUUUCCCCUAUUUCCGAAGUGACAGGGACAAAAGAGAUUUUGUUUCCGCGGGAGCGGCUGCCGGGGUGGCUGCAGCUUUUGGGGCACCCAUCGGGGGCACGCUUUUCAGCCUGGAAGAGGGCUCCUCCUUUUGGAACCAAGGCCUCACGUGGAAAGUGCUCUUCUGCUCCAUGUCAGCCACCUUCACCCUGAACUUCUUCCGCUCCGGCAUUCAGUUUGGAAGCUGGGGGUCUUUCCAGUUGCCAGGGCUACUGAAUUUUGGAGAGUUCAAGUGUCCAGAAUCCAAUAAAAAAUGUCACCUGUGGACCAUCGUGGACCUGGGCUUCUUCAUCCUGAUGGGAGUUGGUGGGGGGCUUUUGGGGGCCACCUUCAACUGCAUCAACAAGAGGCUGGCGAAAUACCGCAUGCGAAACGUUCAUCCCAAGCCCAAGCUGGUCAGGGUUCUGGAGAGCCUCUUGGUGUGCCUAACAACCACCCUUGUGGUAUUUGUCGCUUCGAUGGUUCUCGGGGAAUGCCGCCCUCUGUCUUCUGCUAAUCAUGGAGACAACAGCUCCGUUGGCCUGCAGGAUUCUUCAUCAGAGGAGGUUAAUUCGAGCAUCAAGAAAUUCUUCUGUCACAACAAUACUUACAAUGACAUGGCAACCCUCUUCUUUAACCCACAAGAGUCGGCCAUCUUGCAGCUUUUUCACCAGGAGGGUACUUUCAGCCCUGUCACGCUCUCUCUGUUCUUCUUCCUGUACUUCUUGCUCUCCUGCUGGACUUAUGGGAUUUCUGUCCCAAGUGGUCUCUUUGUGCCAUCGCUGCUCUGCGGGGCCUCUUACGGACGCCUGGCAGCCAACCUCCUUGAAAGAUAUAUUGGUUUGGACCACAUCUACUCCGGCACCUUUGCGCUGAUCGGAGCGGCUGCCUUCCUGGGCGGGGUGGUCCGCAUGACGAUCAGCCUCACCGUUAUCCUGAUCGAGUCCACCAACGAGAUCACGUACGGGUUGCCCAUCAUGAUCACCCUGAUGGUGGCCAAGUGGACAGGUGACCUCUUCAACAAAGGGAUUUACGACAUCUAUGUGAACUUGCGUGGGGUCCCGCUGCUGGAGUGGGAGGUCAAGGCUGAGAUGGACAAGCUCAGAGCUAGCGACAUCAUGGAGCCCAACCUGAUGUACGUCUACCCGCACACCCGGAUCCAGUCCCUUGUCAGCAUUCUCCGCACCACAGUCCAUCACGCCUUCCCGGUGGUGACGGAGAACCGGGCCUACGAGAAAGAAUUCAUGAAGUGGGACCAGCUUAUUAGCAACAAUAUUAAAUUCAAGAAAUCCAGCAUCCUCACCCGGGCAGCCGAGCAACGUAAACGUAGCCAGUCCAUGAAGUCGUACCCCUCCAGCGAGUUGCGCAACGUGUGCGAUGACCACAGCGCAGCAGAGGAGCCCCCAGAGACAGAGGACAUGCUGCAACAGAUGUUGGAGCGGAAAUAUACUCCGUAUCCCAAUCUGUACCCAGACCAGUCACCCAGCGAGGAGUGGACGAUGGAGGAACGCUUCCGGCCUCUGACUUUCCACGGCCUGAUUUUGCGUUCGCAGCUGGUCACCUUGCUUGUCCGGGGAAUCUGCUAUGCGGAAAAUCAGUCAAGUGCCAGUCAGCCUCGUCUCUCGUAUGCAGACAUGUCAGAGGAUUACCCGCGCUAUCCGGACAUCCAUGAUUUAGAUCUCACGCUCCUCAACCCACGGAUGAUUGUGGACGUCACGCCUUACAUGAACCCUUCUCCGUUCACCAUCUCGCCUAAUGCUCACAUCUCCCAAGUCUUCAACCUCUUCCGGACGAUGGGGCUCCGGCAUUUGCCGGUGGUGAAUGCCGUCGGGGAGAUGGUGGGCAUUAUUACCCGGCACAGCUUGACUCAUGAGUUCCUGCAGGCCAGGCUGCGGCAGCAUUACCACACCAUCUAACCACGUCUCCCGCCGCCUCCGCCUCCAGAGCCCCCCGUGGGUUUCUGGGGCCACCGUGUGCACUUUAGUCAACAAAAUAGGCCUGUCGUCGUCCUCUUUGGAGCCGUAAACUGUCAAUCCUUUGGGUAGGGAAAAAAGCAUGAUAACUGGAAAAUCUUGGGAGCGGGCUGCCCUCUUCUCUCCUAGCAGCCGUGCCCUUCUCUGUGGCUUUGGAUUCAACCAUCGCAAUGCGGGCACCUGAACGAAUCGCAUCUCCACCUUAUUCCGGAGAGAGAUAAUGCCUUCUUUUCUCUUUUCUAGCUGACUUUUUUUUGCAGAACUUGCAGACUUCCCGCUCUUGGGCUGAUUGGGACACCGCAUUUUUGCUCCAAACUUAGCUACCUGCUCCUCGGUUUAAUGUUUACACCUUUGGUAAGGCUAAAACAGGACAAAAAAAUUGGUUUUCUGACUGGGGCUUUUGAUUCUCUGCUCUCCGCACGUCUGUACCUCCCUUCCGCUCUUCCACUUCCGUUGACGUCUUUCUGAGGUCAAUCACCAUGGGGCCAAGGAAGUCUCUGCUUCAGGGAAAUUCAGAUCGAGCCCUUGGUCCUCUGGAUCCUGAUUUGGGACCCCUUCAAAAAACCUGCAGGCGUGGGGAUCCAAAAGGGGGUGCAUACAUGCGUGGAAGCUGCUGAUAGAACGGCAUCUUCUGGAGAGCUCUUGGACCCGAUUUUGAGUGGGUUCAUCUCCACUGGGGGCUGAUCGACAGAUUGGGCCUCUUCUUUCCCCAGAAGGCAAUCUGAUGGACAGGCAGCUCACGGCCAGCGAUCCUGAAUGUGCAGGGAAAACCAAGCGUUCUCAGGGGCGGGUGGAAGACACCUUGUCUGGCAGAACCAAACUGGUACCUUGUGAUAUUCUCUUCCAUCCUUGUAUGGGCUCCUCUUUGCAUGCUGUUUUCCCGCUUGGCUGAUCCCCCAUGUCCCCCUUCUUGCUAUCCCCAAGUCCACCCCUUCCCUGUUUCUGGCUGUAAGGGCAUUCUCCCCCAAUUCUUGGAAAUCCUACUCCGGAAAUGGCUGCACAAGGGUGACCCGCCGGGUGUCCCCGUAUAACUUCUGAAUUUUCCUGUUGUUGUCUCAGCCAGACGCCGCCUGGAAGGGCGAGGGGUGGCAUUGUUCGCACCAGCUGCGUUCUCCUCUGCAGGGGGCUGUUUUCCUUGCCCUCGCAUAACCCUCCCUGCACGGCCACCCAGCUUUUCGUCUGCAGCUGCAGGCGAGCGCUCCCCUCCCCGCCCCGGUUUGUUUCCUUCGCCAAAUCUGGUUUUCACAGAAAGACUGUAAUUUGCAGCUGGGAGGGGGCAGGGGAGGACGCAUGUAAUAGUUAUGAGGAAUACCCAGGUAGGACCGGAAUGGGUCUCAGGAGGGGGUGUCAGCAGCGGCUCCAGCCGCGUUCAAGAGCUUUUCCAUCCUCCCUGGGUCACACCGAGCCUUGAGCCGGCUGUGACCGGUCUGGCCUUUCUAACAAGCCUCAUCCCGCCUGGCUCUUGCGCUGGCUAUUCCGGCGGACUCCUGUCUUUGUAGCUGGGGGUUUUUGUGUGCGUGUUGUUUUCACCUCUGCAUAAAUCUGUCUCAAGGGAAGGCGGAACUCGAGCCUUGGGAGACCGGGGGCCGUGCAGCUGAUGCAGCCUUGAUAAAGCACAGGGGUCGACGAUGUCCCUAGGGAGAGGGAAGAGGGAGUGCGUUCCUGGAAAAGGCCCUGCGUCCCUGCAGACCGCUCCCCGGGGGUUCCCCUCUCGGCCCGGCUUCUCUGCCCCCCUCUGGUUAGAGGGCUUAAUCCGUGCCACAGCUGAGGAACCCAUGCAGCUGCCCCCAGCCCCCUCCGGGGUUCUCUGCUGGGGAGGAACGCCUGUUUGGUCCCGGCAAGGGGUCCUUCCCUCCGUGGUGGCCUAAGAGCGCGGCCGGGUCCUCCCCGCAUCCCCAAAGGGCUGUCCGUGGGCCUGCCGUUGUCUGCCUUCUGGAAGGCUUGACUUUCGCAGGUUCUAACCAUUUCUCUCUUAUUUGCCUGCUGAUUUUAUCGGCAACAAAAUAAGGAAUACAGCCGUUGUUUUGGGGCUCGGUCUACGGAUGGGGCCCAACCGUGACCAGUUUUCAGAGGGAGGGCAUUGCACAGGCAGGAUUUUUCAUGUGUCCUGAUGCUAAUUAAGUUGCCAGGGCAGCGUAGCCCUUUUUUCCCCCCUCUGCUUUCCAGUAAUAGAUUAUUUCUACGUAUUUUGGAGAAAUGUGGGGUGGGCGCCGAGCAGGAGUGCAAUUUCAAAUACUGGUUCUGUCUACUCAAGACAGGAAUGCCUUUGCAAAGUUUGCUUUUGUUCACCUGUUGUGUCUCCCCCCCCCUUUCUAAUCCUCCUUUCUUCGCUUCAUCUCGACCCAAAUGAGAUUGCAGCUCCUCCUUUGCCCCCCUCCUGCCCAUGACCUUAAAAAAAUAAAUAAAUAAAUAAUAGGGACAGAUCAUUUUCCAAGGUGUUAGUGUCCUCAAACUUCCCUUUGCCCUCUUUACAACCGUUUCUGGUUAGAACAGGUCCUGCUUCAGCCCUGUUAACAACUCUUGACAGCUGUCUUUUGGGGCUGACUGGCACACGAAAUACAUCCUUCGCUUUCCCCCCUCCUCUGCCCUGUCUUUCGUUGCAUCAGCCUGUCAAACGUCCCGUCUGCAGCGUGAACUUCCAGAGAGACCAAAAUGAUCGUGGCCGAUUUGCAACUUUGUGGAGCGGGUAAAUGGGCAUUUAAUUCUAAAGUGCGGGGUAUAAAUGACCAUGUUGUGUGCGUCUCUGUGUGUUUGUGCUAGUGAAAGAGACCAAUUCUCUAUUUUCCCAGGAAGCUGAAGUUGUUUUGCUCUGCUUUGCUUUGAGAAUUCCAGAAUUCGCAGAAAGAGAGAGGAAAAUAAAAAUAACUGAUGUGAUAUUUACUUAUUUGGCUAAGCUGGCUGUUUCUGCUCAUCCUUUAAAAGGGGAUGGAAAAAAAGUCCCAGGCUAAUAUUUUGGGCAGGUUUGUAAUAUUGCUGGCCAAUUAAAACUUUCUUCCUCACUUCUGGAAGCUUGAAAACGUUGGAGGGCAAAACAAUGGCAUUCUCUGCCGGGUUCAUCCGUAUUACCCAAUUAUUGGCAUCUUUCUAGGCUUGGGGGAAAAAAAUUGUUUAAAAAAGCAGCCCUAGAAAUCCAGGUGUCAGUACAUUGACAAAGUAAGUGCCACAUCUGUAGCGUGUUCUCGUUUCACAAUCCGGAUUACAAAUGUCUCUAUUCUCCCACGUGCUGACCUGCGAUGUGUGUGUGUGUGUCUGUGUGUUACGUGUGCAUUAUAAUCAAGGAUUUAAAGAUUCCAGCAGAGUAGGAGUUACGGAGUUACUCGGCUCCGAAAAAUGGGAAGAGAAUCUUCUUAAGCUCGUACGGAUUGCCACUAUUUUGAUGAUUAUGGUUACGAUUAUUCAACCUGUCGGUCUUCAGCUGCUGCUUCCGAUGGUUGUUACGGUCAAGGCCACAAUGAUAUUUCGUGUUCCAGAAAGAAACUUCUUAAGUUGUUCUGCGUUGUUUUUCCCUGCUGUCAAAUUUGCCUGCUCCUGAAUAUGGAUUGGAAAACGGGUGAGCCCCCUUGAUCAGACCAGUUCCCCCCAACCUGCAAACACAUCCUUCUGCGCGUUUCACGCGUAAUAGGCAGCAAUAGGGGAGAAUGGGCCUCCGAUUCUUCUAAGGGGUGAAAUAUUUGGAGGGCUGCAUCGAUCCAUUGUUCAUCUUGUAAGGAAGUCUGAGUUUCGUUUUGCCCGUGUUCCCCCAGCGUCAGGCCUCAAACGAAAAGCAUAGCAACUCACCCAAACUGCUUCUCGGUUAAAGGAGUGUCUAGGAGGACCUUUAAUCCCUUGCCCGGCUGGUUUGUAAAAAAGACGGUGGUGGGAAUUCUCACUCCUCUUAAAACGAUAGCUCAGAAUUGGAGGGGAAGGGGUUCCUGUAAAGUAACGCUAGUCUCUCCCACAUUCCAAGAGUUAGGUGUGUUGAAAAUUGCCUUCUGUCUCACAGUACUGGGGAACUUCUCCUCCCCUUCCCACGAAACCCUGUUUAAUUAACAUUAGCGCACAGAGUUGGCUUGACCUGUUUCACUGGCCAAUAGCAGGACCCCAAUUCUGGCUUGAUGUGCCUCUCAGGAUCCAUGUCUGGGCUUUUCGUGGAUCCUGGGGCGGUUUGGGCGGGGGGAUUCUCGUACUUCAACAGUGUUAAUAUCUAGCCAUUCCAGCGGGAAGCACAGGGGACAUUUCUUUGUUUUAAGCUCUUAAUCUUUAAUUUCCAACGGCACUUUUCCUUGUCGCCAUGAGCCGAAUCACGGGAACUAAUUUUGUUGUGUGCGUAACAUUCGUUUUUAAUAAUGCUUCAAAACAUUCUGGGCAGAGAAUAUGCUAUUUUUCUAAAUUUGGGUUUGAGCAGUUGUACUCUAUAACCACGGUUCUUCCCUUUACAAAACAACAAUAAAAUUCCUCCUGUAUGUCUUCACGGUCCUCCCGGAUAUCUCUCAUUAUUACUUUCUCUCCGUUCUUGAUUUUUCCCAACGUUCAGCUUCGUUGCCUUUUUAUCUUAUUUAUCAAUAAGGGGAAGAAGAGUCAAAAUGGUGGCACUGGCUGUUUCGGUGUAUAUUCGGAAACUAGCAUUUUCCUCCACCGAGGCAUUUCGAAGGCUUGGGGGACUGCUUAAAAAAAAAGGUGAUAUAACGGCGCUUGCUCUCUCCUAGUCUCUACAAUCAGAGGUAGAGUGCUUCUGAACAUGCAGGCUCGCUUUCGUUUGUCUCCCAGUCUGCUUUGCGGCAGACGCAUUGGGCAGCAGCUGAGACAGCAACAGCGGUCAGGUUUAUAAGAUGCUCAGCUGUUUUUCCAUCAAUGGAUAACCUCCUCUCACCGCUGGUAAGAACCAGACUCUUACAUUCUGUUGAUGAGACAUUCUUAACUCGCCAACGUCAUGAGCCCAUUUUCUGGAUUUGCAAAAGGCAUUCAAUCACAAACCAGCCCAGUGCCUGACUUUGCCCAGCACGCUACAUUACACGCAUGGAAAAGUAUAACAAAGUUUAAAAGUAGCUGAGUUUCCUAAGCAUUUGGUGCAAAGUUAUUUGGCUUUGGAGUGCGUUCAGGAGAGGUGCCCCAGCGCUUCUGUAAUCUUUGUUGUUUUCGUGCAGGCUUGCCCACCUCUGAAAUGCCCUCUUUGCCAUGGCUUUUAAGCUGCGAACAUUUUGGUAUGUUUCAACCCAAUUUUUGCCCACUGGAACUUCUCAGGAGCAAGUUCCCUGGCGAGUUCUGUGAGGCAGCAAACGACUUAAGCUAGAGAGACAUAUCUCUGGUUCCCACUUAUGCCAACUUGUCCUUUUGGAAGCAAGUGGUCAUGCCACUCAAAAGCGAGUGCUGUAUAUUAUGCUUAUCCUGUUGUUUUAUCUCCGUGUCCAAAAGUAAAUUCGGAGUCAAUUUCAGCUGAGAUGUUGAGUUAACACAAAUUAUUUAAAUCCCCCCCACAUAACUACACGCAUAUAGAGAAAGGCCAUUAAAACACUAUUUAUUUAAUCAUACCAGUGUUCCACAAAGUCUUUGUCGCAUGCAGAUAAAAUAAAACCCGUAACGAUAACUGGAUAUCUUCUGACUUAUCCUUACCACACCCUGGAGCUUGUUCAUGAACUGUGUCCCUUUCCAUUCACACUUCGAGGGAUGAAAAAUGUCUCUCCAAAUCAAUUCCUCGUCAUAAUUCAAAGAAUGAGGGGGCGUGAUGGGGUCCUUCCCAUUUCCCCACAAACCCCAAA